AUGCAACAAUUAAACAAAACUUUCUCUAUUAUACUUAUUGAUCCUAGUGGUCAUAGUUAUAUAGAGAGUAUACAAUCUACACAAGAAAAAGAUCAAGAAAAUAUACUUAUUAAUAGCAACAGCAGCAACAGCAGCAGCAGCAGCAACAGCAACAGCAGCAGCAGCAGCAGCAGCAGCAGGAAGGAGAGCAGCAACAAUAAUAAUGGUGAUAAAGAAGGAGGAGUUAACAGAGAAGAUGAAGAAAAAGGAGGAGAACAGCAAGAACAACAACAGCAACAGCAACAGCAACAGCAGCAGGGAGAAGAAGAGCAGCAGCAGCAGCAGCAGCAGCAGCAGCAGCAGCAGCAGCAGCAGCAGCAAGAAUAUAAAUUAGAUAUAAAUUUAACAAUAAAAUAUUUUAAGAGAACAAAAGAACAAUUGCAUGCAAUGGGAUACUAUGAGGUACAAGAAGGAGAAGAAGAAGAGGAGACACCAGACACAGCAGCAGCAGCAGCAGGAGAAGCAGCAGCAGCAGGAGCACCACCAGGGGAAUCAGCAUCAUCAGGAGAAUCAGGAGAAUCAGCAUCAGGAGACACACAAGCAGCAGGAGCAGCAGGAGCAGCAGGAGCAGCAGGAGCAGCAGGAGCAGCAGCAGGAGCAGCAGCAGGAGCAGCAGGAGGAGAGGAGGAGGACUGCUCCUCCUCCUUAUUAAGAGAAGAGGCAUUAUUAUUACCUGUAGAAUGUCCACACUGUGGGUUCCGUGAAUGUUUAUUAUUUGCAUUUAGUUGCUCAAUUUGUGGCGCAAAGAACUCAGAGAUAAAAACUGCAGGUGCUUAUGGACAAACAGGAAGGAGAUGGAUACUUACUGUAGAAGGAGAAGAAGAUCUAAAUAGGGAUGUAUUAAAAGGAGACACUUCUACUAUAAUUAUUCCUUCCCUUGAUUUCUCUAUGGAGGGAGGAGCACAAGCAGGUACAUUAACAACAAUAGAGGGACUAAUUAAAUCCCUAAGGGAGGGACUAGCAGAAAGUGUCCCCUUUGCUGUUGGGGAUUCAGCAGCAGCAGCAUCAAGAGAGAGAAUGGGGUGUAUAGGCACCUAUCUACAACGCAUGCAAGAAGGAGACACUUCUUUAUUACCUUUUAUUAUUAUUAUUGAUGACCCUGCAGAUAUGUCAUUUAUUUCCUUAAGAAAAAAAGAAGAAAAAGAAGAAAAAAAAGAAGAAAAAAAAGAAGAAAAAAAAGAAGAAAAAAAAGAAGAAAAAAAAGAAGAAAAUACAGAUAGAUCUACACAUAUAGAUGGAUCUGCAGCAGCAGCUCUUGCUGCUGCUGCUGCUGCUGCAGCAGCAGCAGCAGAAGCAACAAUAACAGAGGAGGAGCUCAGCAGCAAAUUAGCAGCAGCAGCAGCAGGAGAUAUUCUUUGGCGUUCUUCUCUUGAUGAUUCAUUAACAGUAGAGGUAUACAAAAGAACAAGAGACCAAGACGAUGCUUUGGGGCUUUUAGACAUGAAGGUCUAA